CGCGGUUGGUUUAGAAAUACUAAGCUGAAACUAAGGAAAAGUUAAAAAAAACAAAGAAACAGUAGUUUCUAGAAGUUUAAAAGAAGAAAUACGAAUUUUUAACAACAAGAAUUAAGAAAAAUAUAAAUAUUUUAGUGCUGUGAAAGAAUUUUGAAGAAGUUGCAAAGAAAUUUCAAAUACAAAGUGAUCUUUUGUUUUAUAAAAGAUUUUUUUGUGUGGAAGCUGCCACUAAAACAAAAAUCCGUGGCUAUGAUUGUUUCUAAUUAAAACAUAUUUUUUGGAAACCCUUUUCUCUUCCUUUUAAAACAACGAUUCCUUAACAAAUACCUCAUAACAGCAGCCCAAAUUAGUUUUAAAUAGGCUAAACAAAAUGGCGUUUAUAAAUCUACCAUGUUUCAACAUACCGAAACGUUUCAAUGUAGCUGUCAUGUUAUUCAUGGCCUGCCUCAUGAGCUACAUGAUGCGCGUUAAUUUGUCCAUAAAUAUUAUUGCCAUGGUCGAGAAGACCGAUGCAAAUUCCACAGAAGUAUUACCAGAUUAUGGUCCCCGUUACAAUUGGUCUCAAAGUGAUCAGGCCAUGCUUUUGGGUGCCUAUUUCUAUGGUUAUAUGAUUACAUCAUUGCCUGCUGGUAUGUUGGCUGAAAAUUUAGGCGGUAAACCAGUGGCCGGUUACAGUUGUCUCGUUGCUGGCAUCUUAACAGCUUUAACACCUUUGGCGGCGUCUUGGGACAAAUGGGCAGUGUGGGUUUUGAGAUUUGCCAUAGGUUUCUUUACGGGCGUUGUCUAUCCCUGCUGUCACAGUUUGAUCUCCAGAUGGUCUCCACCCGAUGAAAAGGGUAAAUUUGUGGCCGCUUUAAUGGGUGGCACAUUUGGUACUGUGAUAACCUGGCCCCUAAGUGGCCUGAUAAUUGAGAAUAUGGGCUGGGAUUGGGCCUUCUAUAUGGUGGGCAUAUUUGUGGUGAUUGUGUCUGGGGCCUGGUUCGUGUUUGUGGCCGAAAGUCCUGCUGCCCACAAAACCAUUAGCAUAAAGGAACGUGAGUUAAUUGAAAAGAGUUUGGGUGAUACCGUUUCCACUAAAAAGCGCUGGCCUCCAUACAAGGCUUUGAUUUUGUCGAUGCCCUUCUGGUCUUUGAUGCUUUUGCAUUAUGGCAGCAUGUGGGGUCUAUUCUUUUUGAUCACCGCCACUCCGAAAUUCUUAAGUGAGGUAUUGGGUUUCAAUUUAGCCUCCGCCGGUUUCCUGUCUUCCUUGCCCCAUGUGGCUCGCUUGUUGUGUGCCUUUGGUUUUGGUUCGGUAGCCGAUUUAAUAAGACGCAAAAAUUGGCUGUCUGUCACCAAAAUGAGAAAAGUUUUCUGUUUGCCUUCCCAUGUUAUACCCGGUAUUUUGUUGAUCAUUUUGGCCUACUUUGGCAAGGAUCCUUAUGUAUGCAUAGCCAUUAUGACUGUAUCUUUGGGUUUCAAUGGAGCCGCCACUGCUACUAAUUUACAGAAUUCCCAGGAUUUGGCACCCAACUAUGCGGGUACUUUGUAUGGCAUCAUCAACUGUGUGGGCACUACACCUGGCAUCUUCUCACCCAUUAUAGUGGCCGCUUUUACCAAAGAAAAUAACACCAUCGAACAGUGGCAUUAUGUUUUCAUUAUUGGAGCUGCUGCCUACAUAAUACCCGCCUUUAUCUAUUGGGUAUUUGGUUCGGGUAAGAUCCAAAAAUGGAAUGAGCUGGAUAACACCGCCUCGAAGGAAGAAAUUGUUAAUACAAAAUUAUAAGAAGAUAAUAAUCCUUUCUAAACAAAUUAAUUUAAGAGUAUUUUUCAAAUUUAAGUGCUGUGCAUAGACAUUAUACCUAAAAAUUUUAUAAUAUUUUGAAAAUGAUAUUUGAUUUCAAAACUUAACUAGAAAGUUUCGCCAUAAAUUCACAAAGUUAUGGUUUUGUUAUUAUUACCUUAAUUAAUUCUCUCUGUUUUAAGUUAACUUAUAUAAAUAAUUGCAAAUUUUAAUUUAUUUGUAAGUGUUAAUUUUGCUAUUUUAUUAGUCAAUAUUUUUUAGGUUAAAUAAAUGUACAUUUUUGUGUAGUGUUAAAAUUAUUAAUAUUUUUUUAAAGAAAAAUAUGAAUACAAUAAAUACGUUAUAGUAAAUAAAUAGUAAAUCAAAUAAAUAAUACUAAUUCACUAUAAAAAUAUAA